AUGAAAAGAUGCUCGCCUGCCCUCAACACUACCGAAGGAGUCGCUGUCGAGGAGCAACCCAACCCAUCUUCAGGGAAUACUGAACAACACUUUGCUGAACCUAUAAAAGCCAUCAGUCCCUGGACUCGAGGAUGUCCAACGACCAACGGACACCGCGUUGGCUUUUCUGCACUUCGAGCCGCCUUCGACUUUCCUCAUCGAGACCGUCUUCUCAACGCGCCACGCGCCUAUGCUAUUCCAGGAAUGUUCUAUCGGCUAAUCGAGGACAUGAACAGAAGAACAACUGCCGCUGAUCGAAAACCAACCGGAUUUACUUCACCGUUCGAAGUGGAUACUGAAGUAAGACAAGGAACUGUCGCAGGACCUCUUUUGUUCAACUUUGCUGUCGAUGAUAUCAUCCGAAGAACAGUUGAGCAAAGCCCUGUUGAUUGGUUCUUGCAUCAUUUCGAUGUCCUUUGGUCGACCUCGAGUACCCCUACGAUGUAG